AUGACAAAGAUGCUCAACCUAAUCACAAUUCUUGUCGGUAUCACGUCGCUCGUAUCGGGGGUGAUGUGUGUCUUGCCCCACGUCAUGCCGCACGAAUUGAUGCAGUACGACCACAAUGCAGGAAGACUCUGGAACACUGUGACUAACAUGAAAAUGCUACCCGGCGUCCGACACACGCUCAACUACGAAGUCGGAGUGACUGCUCGAUGGCAUCAUUUUCUGCAAGAACACGGAAACACGGCACUUAACAACAUCCUGGCCGAUCUGAAUCACUAUGUCCAGGAGGUUGACCGUCGGGACUACAAUGUUGGUCCAAGAUUCCGGAAAUUCCUAUCGGCCAACAGCAAGGCCCAGGUACUUCCUGUCUCGGAACGGGGUGAGCAGUACGUAGCACGGAGGCUUGUCAAUGCAUUCGCCGACACCUGGCAACAGCAUCAUGCAGCCCAGCAACAAGCUGCAUGGCAAGCCGAGCUAGACGCCAUCGAGCACGAGGAAAGCGGCGGCGUUAUGAGCGGAAGCGAGGAAGAAGGGGAUACCGCAACGGGCCCGGGACAGGUAGUUCAAGCUGAACGCUCGCAGAGAGCGGGCUCUGCGUCCGCUGGCCCUUCCCGCAGAAACCAGUCCUGA